AUGUUGCAUGGUGAUACAGAAACUGUAGAAAUGAAAGGCCCUAGGGUAGUAGGAAAGGGACAAGACCCCUUGUUAGAGGCAGGUAAGAGGAAAAGGAAGAUAAUUGCUGGUGGUAAAGUUAUUGAAAAUUAUUUGAAGGAUAGGAAUGGAGAAAAAGGGUUGUCAGAAGCACAAAUAUGCUUGGAUUUCGCGAGUCUAGCCAACGGUUCCUUAAAACCCGCUCCUCUUUUUUUAAGGUCACAACGUCCUCAUAUGCCCAACACGCGGCACCCACAGUUCCAUUUCCUCAGGUAA